CUCCCGUGAGGCUGAAACGUGGCAGGUUGAGCAGUUGCGUUGUGACCCGGAUGAUCUUCCAGCAGCUAACAACAGGAUGUUCUGUUAGCCUGUCUGAGCUUCAGCUGCUGAACAAUUCAGGAAGUUGCAAUAUUAUCACCUUAUUGUUACUGACAGCUAAAUCUGGAGGACACUAUGCGGAGUGUCGGAUGUUUGCAAGUGAACGAGAACGUGUCGGGGAUUCAUAGUUUGUGAAUUGUUGAUACGGAGGCUAGUUAGCUUAGCACAGUUAGCUUAGCUUAGUGUAACGUCUCUUUUAAGAUAAACCUGUAUGUUUAGCAGCUAUCUGAAUUUAGUCCAGAUUACAGAGACGUUUAUUAAAUUAGCCACUAUUGAGAAGCAACAGUUGCAUCUCGUGGCAUGUGAUUUAACUGUAAGGAUUAUUAGUGUUAAAGAGGUGGCGGUUGGUUGUUGUUGGUUAGCCUAGCAUUAGCAUAAAGUGCAGUAAUAAUGGACGACUUCAGCUCCAUCAGCCUGCUGUCUCUCGCCAUGUUGGUGGGAUGUUAUGUGGCAGGAACCAUUCCUCUGGCUGUCAACUUCUCAGAGGAGAAGCUGAAGCUGGUCACGGUGCUGGGCGCCGGGCUGCUGUGUGGCACCGCGCUCGCUGUCAUCAUUCCUGAGGGAGUCCACGCGCUUUAUGAAGAAAUACUUGAAGGAGCUCACCACAGCCACGGCCAGGCGGGGGUUGUGGAGGUGUCGGAGACGAAGGGGGAAGUGGACGUGAGUGCGGGGGGGAAGCACGAGCACAGCCACGAGCAGCUGCACGCCUGCAUCGGAGUCUCUCUGGUGCUCGGCUUCGUCUUCAUGCUGCUGGUCGACCAGAUCGGCAGCGCGCACGUUCACAGCACCGAAGCUUUAGAUCCAGAGGCAGCGAGGGCCUCCUCAAAGAUCACCACCACCUUGGGGCUGGUGGUCCACGCUGCAGCUGACGGAGUGGCUCUCGGAGCGGCUGCCUCCACGUCUCAGACCAGCGUCCAGCUCAUCGUGUUCGUAGCCAUCAUGCUGCACAAGGCUCCGGCGGCGUUCGGCCUCGUCUCGUUCCUGAUGCAUGCCGGUCUGGAGAGGAACCGGAUCCGGAGACAUCUGCUGGUUUUCUCCCUCGCAGCGCCCGUCCUCGCCAUGCUCACCUUCCUGGGCCUCAGCCAGAGCAGUAAGGAGGCGCUGUCCGACUUCAACGCCACCGGAGUGGCCAUGUUGUUUUCCGCCGGCACCUUCCUCUACGUGGCCACCGUGCACGUGCUCCCCGAGGUGGGGGGGGGCCACAGCCACUCUCCUGCGGGGGGGAACGGAGGAAAGGGACUGAGCAAAGUGGAGGUGGGAGCGCUGGUUCUGGGCUGCCUCAUCCCUCUGGUGCUCUCCGUCGGGCACCACCAUUAGAAUUUGAGAGGGAGACAGAGACUUCAAACUUUAAGGAUGUGUUGAGACUGGAGCUCGCUGCGGGACUUUUUUGUGACUCAAACUGAGCUGAACCACGAAACAUCUUACAGCUUCUCUACGUGUCCAUUUAUUCCACCUGAAGUCUUUUUCCCAUGUGACGAUGGGUUUGAUUUCCAUCAUCGUGGAGUCCUGCAUCGCGCUCGUCCAGAUAUCAUUACAUCGAUGUUUCACUCGAUGGCAGUUGCACAGCGAGAUUUGAUGAUCUCAAGACGGCCAACUCUCCUUUUUAUAAUAUAAUUGUACAGAGUGUAAAUGUCUUAGCAUCGAUCCAGAUUGAUUUUGAGCUGAUUUCAAGUGCCAUAUUAGCGUGAAGACGUGUUUGUAGAAUCGUUUCUUUCUCUACGUUUAUUCCUCGCAGGAUGACACGAUAACCGGCUAGACGCUCGUUAUGAUUUCGCUUUAUCCUGUAGGAAUGAUGGGUACUGAUGGUGUCUCGUUAAUAAAUCGCAGCUUCUCAGACGUAUCUGCUAAAUCCUGCGCAAGACGAAAAAACAUGGACCCUGAGCUGUCACUUUUGUCUCUUCACUUUCUGGACGUGUUUAUUCCUGGUCUGUUUUACUUGGAGGGUAAUUAGAAAUAGAAGAUGGAGGGGGGGGGGGGGCAGUUAAUGUGUAUAGAGUAAUUGAUUGUAUAGUUAUUUAGAGGUGGAGGGUUAUUGUUAAUAUUAUUUCCGCAGCUCUGAAUGAAGGACUUCUCUGGAGGGCAUUUAAACAUUAAGGGACCAUUUCUCUGGAGACAUUUUCUUUCUUAAAUUGGGUUGUUCGUCUGAAGUGAAUCUCACCUGAGCAAUAACGAUACUCGUGAAAUCGAGUAAAAGUCACUUCUGUCUCAGAAGCGUGGAAACGGCUGCAGAGGGGUUUGUUUAGUGGGUUUGAAAGACGCUCUUGAACGCACCGUGAACGUUCAAACAGUAACAGGUUGAUGCAUUCAAAUGUAGGCUAGAACUGCUGCUAACAACAUUUUUACUAUCGAUUAAUCUGAGGAAUAUUGAAUACAUUUGUCAUUAAUAUCCCAGAAAAAGUCAUACAUAGUCUCUUAAUGUCUUAAUCUAAUCAAAAACCACCAAAAUGUAAUUUAAAUAAAACAAAAAAGUAGGUAAUCUGAGUAUUUGAGAGGCUAAAAACUGCAUUUUCCGACAUUGUUUUCGGUAAACGUUUGUUUUUUACUCCAAAACCUCAAGAUAUUUAUACAGAUCAAAUAAGAAGCAGGACAUAGUCUUUAAAUGUCUUGUGUUUUAGUCCAACCCCAAAAAGGACAUCUGAACAUUUAAGCGGCAAAAGCGGCCUUUUCUGACACUGGCAUGAACAAGGACUCCUAGGAUCAAUCGAUAAUGAAAAUAUUUGCAGAUUAUUGAUCUGUAGUUACAGCUUCUACAGGUCUUCUUCUUCUGUGUCACUGUGCCUGCUCAGCUCAUGUAAAUGUAUUUAAGUCAUUGUGGUCUGUACAGAGUAACUUCAUGACUUCCUGUGUGAGAUGGAACUGCUUUAAAUCUGAAAUCUGACUUUUUCUGUAGAAAUCUAAUGGUUUUACCAAGAGAGGGGGGUCGCAUGCUGACCAGCAGCUGCAUGGGGUUUUAGUUUUUAUUAUGGGAUGCUGAGUGUGUGUGUAUAAAAGGGAAACUGCACCCCAACCUGUGUGGAUUUACACUCAGGCAGGUUUUAGGACAGCCCCAUCAUGUGCCUCUUCUCUUUACACCAUCAGUCACUUCUGUGUCCGAUCUUUACAGAAACGGGCAAUGAAGUCAAACGAGUCCUCUGGUGAAUGUGUUAAACGCUGCAGAUCAUGGUUAUUUAAAUUGGGCUAAUCCACAUCGUGAAAGAGUCCAAAGACAAUUUCACACGUCUUCCUUUGUGCAUCCAACAGUAAAACAAGUCAAAUAUAUCCGAAAAAUUGUUGUAAAAUAUGAAGAAAUCCCCAAAAUAUUCACAUUUUAGAAGCUACAGAAUUGUUCUCAUUAAAAAAAGUGCUUAAAAACGUAAAUGAAUCUUGGAAAUCUAUGUAUGUAAUGCAUUGUUUACCAAACUGCUUUUUACAUGCAGAACUGUUGGCUUUUAAAUCUCCUUAAAAUAAAGGUUUUGGUCAUUUAAUGAGAUUAAAUAUGCAUGACUAAAUACCAUGCCUGGCUUUUAUUUAUUAGGAGCUUUACCCUCCUGAGUACUGCCCACUUUAAAGCAGAGAGGAAACGGAUAUUUAAAUCUAUAAUGAUGUUAAAUAAAUCAAGCUUUAGUGCGACUGUGGCUGGCAGGGAGAAAAUGAGUUAUACAAGUCAUCAAAGUGUCUUCAUGUCGGUUUGAAUGACUUCCUUUGGGGCUGAGGAAGGAACUAGUUCUGAAAAAUAACAUCUAUUGAAAUCGGAAGAUAGUUUGGCACGUCCUUUUAUAUCAUCUAAAUCUCAUGCUGCUGUCCAGUGAUGAUAUGUUUCUCCAAGUGUUUUGUUAUAAGCCCAGAGUUACUGAUGUCUCCAGACAUGCAUCGAAAAGAUCCCAUUAUAAUUAGAUUUAAGGAGAAUAAUGUGGGACAUAAUGAAGAGCUCUGUCUUUGCACAAAUACAUUUCAAAGUUGUAGCCAAAGUAAAACCAUCAAGGGUAGUUAGUGGUUGUUUUCGACCAAUCAGGAUCAAGUAGUGUCAGUGUGAUCAUGUUUAAAUGCAAUCACUUAUUAUAGAUAUUUAAUCACAGAUGUUCCCCUCGUGUGUGCACGUAGCAUCUUCCAUCAAUAUAGAUAUGGUGACAAUUAAGCAGUAAGAUCUUGUUCAAACAUCAGAUAUCUGAAGGUGCAUUUUGAUGUAACUUCCACAUUUACAGGUGGCACAUGUCGGGGCUGAGAGGAGGGUCUUCAAUAUUUGUAGUAUUAUUGUCAGUGUGAAGGGGGGGGGUAUUUUUCUUCCGUCAUUCCAGGAUGAGUCUGCCUUAUUUCCAACUUUUGAUUGUGAACGUCGGUUGUAAAGCAAUGUGUUUUAUGACAACUCAAUUAAAGUUUUUUAAACUGGUGAAAA